CUGCGUUUUUUGGGCAGAGAUGAUGGGAACACAGCCGAACCUUGCGCAACUGUCAGUGCUCCUGCUCUGUGUCUGUCUGCGAGUGCCACUUGUCUUUAGUUGUAUUUCGGACGCUUUCGCCGUCGGAACUGCGGGUUUGUGGAUCGUGUUUUUGUGUGUCGCCGGGCGCUGGAAUUUCCGUUUUGUGUUUGCUGCUUCUUUUGUUUGUCGGUUGUUGAUGGUGGUGUAACGUCAUCUAAUUAAUUGACGGUAUUGUUUCGCUAGCGAUUGAUAAGCGCGCGGUAGAUAAGCAAUAGACGCGGUGUCGGCGAAGAUCAAAGCAAGCGAGUCGCGGUCGGUCGUCGGCAAGUGAGUGAUAACUGAGUAGCGAGUGUCUGGCAUUUGUCAACAUGUGAGAGGUCGCAGAAGGCCCUGAAGCAGCCGACACCAGAUGCCGGGAGAAUAAACACACAUCGUUCGAAGGAGCCGUUUGGGGGUGAAUGUUCGCCGACUUCGGGUGAAGUGAAGUGUGAGCGGAGAUCGGGUUUUCAUUGCGCUUUGGGAGUGCUGGCUGAAGAGUAGAAUGUUGGUAAAUUACGAGCCAGUAGGCCUUGCGGUGCGUGGCGCAGUGGUGUGAGUGAGAGCGCGCGGGUCUAAAAAUAUAACACACGCAGCAGGCGGCGCAGUACAAAAGAAAGCAGCGGCAUCAACUGGGUGUGUGUGUAUUGGUGUUGAGAAUCAUCGCGCGCGCGGCUCUACGUGAUCUCUUGUGAUGUCUGUGUUGUUUAUUGCAUUUAGCUGAAGAGAGCAAGUGGAUGUGUGCGUGUUAAAAUAACACCGGGAAGCGCUCUGUGUGAAGAGCUUAAUAAAGUUAAGAGCAAUACAAAAGAGCAUACGUGAAAGAGGGUGUUAAGGGGUGUGGGAUUGCUCGGGAAGGCAAAAAUGGCAAAAGUGUGUUUCAUGUUAAGGGCUGUUGUCCUGCUGUUGAGCUAUGCAAACGUCGGAUUAUCCAUUCAGCAACAGGAGACCUUCGGGGGUCAUGAAGUGUCCAGCAUUAGCGUGGACGACUUCCAACACCACAAUCGCUGCGAACCCAUCACAAUCCCAUUUUGUACGGACAUCCAGUACAACAAGACCAUUAUGCCGAACCUGAUCGGACACACCAAACAGGAAGAAGCCGCCCUCGAGGUUCACCAGUUCAUCCCGCUCGUCAAAAUCGACUGCAGUCCGGACCUCAAGUUCUUCCUCUGCACCCUGUACGCUCCAGUCUGCACGAUCCUCAACUACCCAAUCCCACCCUGUCGAUCGCUGUGCGAAUCAGCUCGGGUCUGCGAAACCAUCAUGCGGACGUUCGACUUCCAGUGGCCGGAGAACCUAGAGUGCUCCAAGUUCCCCGAAGACGGCAAGGAACUAUGCGUCUCCCAGAACAACUCCUCGGAAAGUACGCCAAUGCCUACGAGUGCCAUGCACACCACCAAGCCGCAUCAGGUGCCCAGGAAGAACCAGGGAGCUGGAGCGGCCGGCAGCAGUCAGCACUCGGCGAUGAUUCCCAGCGGGAACAACAUGGUCAACGCUCAUCGAGACCUUGGAUUUAUCUGUCCAGUACAGUUGAAAGCGCCGACCAUCAUGGGCUAUCAGCUGACCGUUGGAGGAAAGGUCACCAAGGACUGUGGAGCACCAUGCAACUCCAUGUUCUUCUCGGAGAACGAGCGCACCGUCCUGAAGUACUGGGUCGGUUCCUGGGCGGCUGUGUGCGUGGCCAGCUGUCUCUUCACGGUCCUUACUUUCAUGAUUGACAGCUCACGGUUUCGCUACCCGGAACGUCCGAUCGUGUUCCUGGCCAUUUGCUAUCUGAUCGUGGGCUGUGCGUACGUGGCCGGACUGGGUGCCGGAGAUUCGGUAGCCUGCCGUGAACCGUUCCAACCGCAGAUCAAGCUGGGUCGGAUGCAUAUGUUGUCCACCAUCACGCAGGGUCACCGCCAAUCGACCUCCUGCACGGUCCUCUUCAUGGCCCUGUACUUCUGCUGCAUGGCCGCGUUUGCCUGGUGGGCCUGUCUGGCCCUAGCCUGGUUCCUGGCCGCCGGCCUCAAGUGGGGCCACGAAGCCAUCGAGAAUCGGUCCCAUCUGUUCCACCUGGUGGCGUGGGCCAUUCCGGCGGUGCAGACCAUAUUCGUGCUGGCACUGGGAAAAGUUGAAGGUGACGUCCUCUCCGGCGUUUGCUUCGUCGGCCAGCUGGACACCCACUCCCUGGCCGUAUUCCUGCUCAUCCCCCUCUGCAUCUACCUUUCGGUCGGUGCCCUCUUCCUCCUGGCCGGCUUCAUCUCCCUGUUCCGCAUCCGGACCGUCAUGAAGCACGACGGAACUCGCACCGACAAGCUGGAACGCCUCAUGCUCCGGAUCGGCUUCUUCAGCGGCCUGUUCAUCCUGCCCGCGCUCGGCUACCUCGGCUGCCUCUUCUACGAGUACUACAACUUUGACGACUGGAUGAUCCAGUGGAACCGCCAGAUGUGCAAGAUCUUCUCGAUCCCCUGCCCAGCCAUCGGAAAGCACCAGCAGCAGCACCACCCGGGAAUGGCCAUGGCCGGGGACGAGGAGCGGCCAAUCUUUCACAUCUACAUGGUCAAGUACGUGUGCUCGAUGCUGGUUGGGGUCACAUCCAGCGUGUGGCUCUGGUCCGGCAAGACCGUCAUCAGCUGGAGGCAGUUCGCGGAGAGGUUGCAGGGCAAGGACAGCCGGAGUCGGGGUGCGUAUGUUUAGGGAUUUUCGUGGACCAAAAGUCGAUCGACACGUAUCAUACAAUCGAGAUUAUAGGCAUUUGUUAGCGAUUUAGGGGGAAGUUGUAGUGAAGUUUGAAAGUCCCAAAAUGAGGGGAUUAGACGAUUUACAGAACAACAUGAGUAUAUUCUCAUAAAUAAUCAUUUCAAGUAAGUUAAUUUUUACAGGAACAGAUUUUGUUGAUGCACUUCCUAUUCCUUAAAUCCUUAUUUUACUGAUCCCGAACAGACGGUAAUAACUAAAUUC